AUGGCCGUGGCCGUGUACGCAUGUCAUGUCAAUCACCCACCGGCCUGCUCCCCGCCAACCAUUGCUGCCCCCCGCCCAGCUGCUGCUGAUGACGAUGAAUGCGUACGAGGGCUCGAGCGAGCACCCUGUGCCGCCGCCCGACAUGCUGCUCUGUCUGCAUCCACGCAAUCUCGUCCUCCUCAACCAAAAACAGACAAGACGGGAGCUAGCGACGUCCGGCUCAGCGGCUCUCUUCAGCUGCAUCCCCGGAAAUCGAGAUACUCAGGUUUUGGUCGCCAGCCAACAUGUCAUGGCGCAUGCACCCCUCGUCCCCAACGGUGCCGUCCCGGGCUGAGGUCAUACACCUGCGCCUACGUAGUGUGGGUGCGGCCAUGGCCAUGUGUGUGUGUACACACACACUCCACCAAGGCCUGUUGUCUGUUGUCUGUGUCUCACAUCCAGCGCAUCCCUCGCACCCACGCGUGA